AUGACCGCGCGCGCCCUUUCCAGCGCCCUCGAUCCCCUCAGUUCUUCCUCGCUGAGCACGCUGCACGAGGCCGCACCACUGUCCAAGAAGUGCAAGGUCGAGUCUAAUACCGCUGCUGGACAGCUGUUUACGACCUCGAUUGUCAUUCGGGCCCAUGCUGCUUCAUUGUCCGACGAACCACUCGUUCUUGACCCCAUCGCCGCAAUUCCCCGCUCUCGAUUUCCGCUCUCAUGGUUAGAAGACGCGUCCUGGUCGCGGUCUGACGCGCAACCCGGUGGUCUGUUCACUGCAGACAUACCUGCUUUGGAAAAUGACUUGCGCGCGUGUGGGGAGCCGAUGGUGCUGGCGGUACGGCUUGCUGCCAACAACGGGUUAUAUGUGAUUGAGCGAGUGAAGCGGGGUAUCUACUCACUGUCACGGCUUGCGAGAUGGGUGCAUGAGGGGGAUGUAGUCGUUGCUGUCAAGGGAUGGCAGGCACCCCAAGACAUGAAAAUGGGUGUUGAGGAUGACGAGAAAUCUCUCGCUAUACCGGAUGCUUUGAACUGGUGGCAGGCUGCUCAAAUUGAGGAACCUCCUUCUGAUCUGGGCUUGGGCGAAGACUUUGCAGGUUUGCAGGUGGCCGUGGUAUUUGGGUCUGAAGAUGCAGGCCAAAAUGAACCUACGUUCGUGGAUAUCCUUGAACACCGGGGCGAGUCACUUGCACCGACUAAACGAGAUUUGGAGGCUCCCUUCGGAGUGCUUGGCUCUCAGACUGUUGGUAGCGAGGCUAUGGAUGUUGACGGUGUCGACUCGACUGCGGUGGACACGAAACAGUCCCCGGAGGAGCUACUCAACGGAAUGAGAGAUCAUUAUCUUCAAGCUCUCUACGCGUCGAAGACGUCGCUGGCUUACUUCGCCAAAGGACCUUUAACACGCUGUCGCACCGCUUUUCAAAACGUUACCCCCGACCAGCCUCAAAGCCUAGCGGAGCUCAUUGAAUAUUACAGGGAAGCCAUCUUGGCCGCAAAGAAGAUGGAUCUCAAAUACCGAGACACUCUGCCGACAUCUGUUCGUGACGCCUUAUUGACACCCUCCGACGGGGAAAUGACCAAGAAACGCAAGAGCAAAAAGCAGAAGCUUGGUAAGAAUGGCCUGUAUCCCGAGGAAGAUGGCUUCGUUCGCAAAUGGUGGAAAGACCGGAGCAUGGAGUCUUCUGCACCAGAGAACUCGCGAGAAACGGAUAGCAAAAAGCAUAUCUCUGAUCUUCGAUUGCGUGAGACUCAACUGCAAAUUCUGUUGAUUCUGGAGGUCAUGGCGUUGGAAACGACGUUGAAACAGGAUAACCAAAAGCUCAGUGAAAAAGUUCCGGAAGAAGAGCAGGUUUCGCCCACAAAGCCCAGAGCCAAAAAGCCUCAAGAUCUAAAUGUACUUCUUGAGCUCCACCUUGACCGACUUUGCAUCUGGCAUGCCGUGAGUCUGGAGGAGUCUACAGCGGCCGACUCGGCGAAGGCUUCAUCUUUCACCGACAGCCACAUGUCCGGCAAGAAGGUCGAAAGCGAUGCAGUGCGCGACUUCUGCACGGAAGUGGUUGUCCCAUUCUACGCUGCACGACUUCCCGACAAAUGUAAGCUCAUCACCCGGAAGUUUGGCGUGUCUGGUGGGAUUUCGCCGGCGACAAAGAGAACCCAAUCAAGCAAAAAAGACCGCCUGGAGCCUGGGGCCAAAGUCAAGCGACAGGCGCCUGUACAGAAACCGCGUCGCUCACUGCAGCGAGUUUUGACCGAUGAGAAGACAGCUGCCGCGGCUCAAAAUCGGCACCCGUCAUUACAUCGAUCUAACACAGCGCCGUCAAAGCAUGAUAACAAGCACGAUUUUAUGGAGCCCUUGCUACCAACUGUCUUCGGUGGUAGUGUGAGAGGAGGGAUUCAGCAGGCGAAACGGGUUGAUAACCGCGAGGUGGAUCUUAAUGCUGUUGCGAGGCAACACGAGAGCAAGCUGCGGAAGGUACAGAUGUUGGUAGACCAGAAGAAGGAGCUUGAUGCUGCUAUUCACGCCCUCCGGAAGCCAAACCGAGAAUUGGUUUCCAACGAAAUUGCUGAUGAAUCAGUCAAGCGGUCCACUGGUGGAGGUAGCUCACGAAAGUCAAGGAACCCUGUCCGGAACCCAAUGGGCGAGGGUGUACAGGUUAUGGCUACGCCCCGCGGCAAUCGUAGAAAAGACAUCAUUGGAAUGCCACCACUUCCUCGAAGUCUCGCUCCAUCACGUUCAUUUGCCGGAGAGAUGGGAGAACCGUUCACUGGGUGA